AUGGAUGAAGAUGCUGCUCAUGCUUCACCAUGUAAGAAACAGAUUAAUUUCCGUAAGAGACAAACGACCAAGCCUCCACCAUUUUCAGAUCUAAACAAAACUAAUUUGACUUGUUGCUACCAAAUUGUCUGCUUUGCCGAGGAUGCUUUGGCUUCAUCUCCCACUCAAGAUGCUCCUGCUACUAGCUACAUGAUCUUUGGCAACCAUCAAGAAUUUUGGAACGAUGCUGUUGAACAGAUGUACAUAUGUGAGACCACUAAGCAGGAAGCUAAAGUCGAUUUAAGAAGAAAUGUGAAAAAUGAAGUUAGUUUUGUAUGAUUUCAGAAAUUUCAUGAAUACAAAAUCUAAUGCAUAUGACUUAAGUAUUUAAUGUAUUACUUUUGUAAAUUAUUAUUAAUAUUAUUAUUUAUUUAUUGUUUCUUCUAAAGCUUUUCAAAUUUAAAAUUCAAAACAGAAAAU